AUGGAUAGAUAUACAAUUGCGGGUGUAUUAACAAAUAUUCAAAGCUAUUAUAAUAUUAAUGACGCCCAAGGCGGUUUAUUACAAACUAUAUUUAUGGUGUUUUUUAUGAUAUGUUCUCCAAUUUGUGGUUUCUUAGGUGAUAGGUACGUCAGGAAAUGGAUUAUGACAACCGGGAUAGCAGUGUGGAUACUGGCCGUGUUCGCCUCCACCUUUAUCCCUGCAAACAUGUUCUGGCUGUUUUUGUUGUUCCGAGGUAUAGUCGGUGUUGGUGAAGCCUCAUAUGCUGUCAUCUCUCCGUCAAUAAUUGCCGACAUGUUCACUGGAGAGAACAGAAGUCGAAUGUUGAUGUUCUUCUAUUUUGCUAUUCCUUGUGGAAGCGGCUUGGGCUUCAUGGUGGGUUCUUCGGUCGCCGCGCUAACUGGCGAUUGGAAAUGGGGUGUUCGUAUCACUGCAGUACUAGGUGUCAUUUGUCUACUUGCAAUCAUCGUAUUCAUUCGAGAACCAGAACGAGGUGGAGC